AAAGAGAAAAUAGAUUAAGAACUAGGCGUAGUUCCUCUGAAGAAAUGUAUCUGUUACGAAUGGGUCAAAUUAAUACUAGAUCUCAAAUUGAUAGAAGGAAUGGAAAUAACAAUGCUAGAUCUACUAGGGACACAGUUGAAAAAGAAUCUUUAGCAAACAGGGAAGUAAGAGAAAACGUUAGACCUAAAAUGUAUCAUAUAAAUAUGAAUUCCAGAUUGCAACUCACGGAACACGAAACAGUUGUAUCUAGACCUGAUAGAAGGAAUAGAAAUAACAAUGCCAGAUCUACAAGGAACAUUAAUGAAAUAGACACUUCAGACAACAGGGAAGUAAGAGAUGACUUUAGACAUAAAAUUAAUCGUGUAAACAUGACUACUCGAUUGGAAAUGAAUGAACGCGAAACAGUUUUAUCUAGACUUGACCGAAGGAAUGUAAAUAAUAAUGCCAGAUCUUCUAGGAAUUCAAAUGAAAUAGAAAUUUCAGAGAACAGGGAAGUAAGAGAAACCGUUGGACCUAAAAUGAAUCGUGUAAAUAUGAAUUCAAGAUUGAAUAUGAGGGAACGCGAAACAGUUUUAUCUAGACUUGACCAAAGGAAUGUAAAUAACAAUGCAAGGACUUUUAGGAAUACAAAUGAAAAAGAAAUUUCAGAGAACAGAGAAGUAAGAGAAAACGUUGGACCUAAAAUGAAUCGUGUAAAUAUGAAUUCCAGAUUGGAUAUGAGGGAACGCGAAACAGUUAUAUUUAGACCUGACAGAAGAAAUGCAAAUAACAAUGCCAGAUCUACGAGGAACAUAAAUGAAAUGGAAACUUCAGAGAAGAGGGAAGUAAGAAAUGACUUUGGACCUAAAAUGAAUCGUGUAAAUAUGAAUUCCAGAUUGGAUAUGAGGGAACGCGAAAUAAUGAUGUCUAGACUUGAAAGAAGGAAUGUAAAUAGUAAUGCUAGAAAUACUAGAAACAUAAAUGGAUUAGAAAUUUCAGUGAACAGGGACAUAAAAGAAAACGUUGCACCUAAAAUGAAUUCCAGAUUGGAAAUGAGGGAACGCGAAACAGUUAUAUAUAGACUUGACAGAAGAAAUGCAAAUAACAAUGCCAGAUCUACGAGGAACAUAAAUGAAAUGGAUACUUCAGAGAAGAGGGAAGUAAGAGGUGACUUUGGACCUAAAAUGAAUCCUGUAAAUAUGAAUUCCAGAUUGGAUAUGAGGGAACGUGAAACAAUGAUGUCUAGACUUGAAAGAAGGAAUGUAAAUAGCAAUGCCAGAAAUACUAGAAACAUAAAUGGAAUAGAAAUUUCAGUGAACAGGGACGUAAGAGAAAACGUUGGACCUAAAAUGAAUUCCAGAUUGGAAAUGAGCGAACGCGAAACAGUUAUAUUUAGACCUGACAGAAGAAAUGCAAAUAACAAUGCCAGAUCUACGAGGAACAUAAAUGUAAUGGAAACUUCAGAGAAGAGGGAAGUAAGAGAUGACUUUGGACUUAAAAUGAAUCGUGUAAACAUGAAUACUAGAUUGGCAAUGAAAAAACGCGAUAUUAGAGGUACAAACGAAAAUAUGAUAAUUGUUCGAAGGCGUAAGGUUGUAACAGAUUUAUAUAGGGAUAAUAUAAGAACAGUUCGGCGUAAUGUACCAUCACAAGAAUUUCGUGUCAACGAGUUAAGACGGUCUGAAAGAAUUCAGCGAAGCAUCAACGAUGCAACUAAUACAAUGUCAAGACGUACUCGUGAAGCAUUAAGCUUAUCUCCAGAAAACCGUAUACGCUAUGAUGCUAGACAAAAUUUGAGGGAAUCACAAUAUGUUAGGUCUAGAGAAAACCGUAUUAAUGUCGAGCGAGAUGAAAGACAACGAUCAUAUAAACAUGAAAUUAGUACUGAUAGAAUUCACAUUAACAAUUUACAACGUAGGGUUCAAAUCAGAGCGAGUAUCCGACAAGAUGAAAACAGGAUCACGUCUAGAAAUGACAGAAACUUUGUAAGCGGCAUUCAUAUCUCAAGGAGUACUACUGAAAACGAAAACCGCCAACAAUCUCGAAACGUAAUUAGUGAAAACCAAUUAUCAAAUAGAAGACAUGAGGUACGAAAUGCUCGCGAUGAAAGAAGACAAACUAAAAUGACUCAGGUAGACAUAUCUAUUGAUAUGCGAAGAUUAGCUACGGUGCGAUAUGAGGAUAAUGAAAAACCUAUUCCAGUUCAAAAGUUACAAUAUGAAAUCCAUGUCUUUGAAAUGAAAUGGCAAUAUCUAUUUUACGUACUGCAAGCUGUUUAUAUAUUUAGCAUUAUUAUGAAGAUGCCAAAUUCCAAUCAAGAAAAUAAACAUACAAAGUGGAUAUCUACCUGGUUUACACCGACCAAAUAUUUAAAAAUGGACUAAAAUGCUGUAUCUUUAUAUUUUAUAACCAAUGUAUAGACAAAUUGUACACAAAUGUAAUGUUAUAUCCUUGAAAUGUUUAUCUUAUAUUUAGCAAAAAUAAAAAAAAUAU